AUGACUCACACAGGAGAGAAACCAUUUCAGUGCUCUGAAUGCAGCAAGUGUUUUACCCGUAAGAAAACUCUUGUUAUACAUCAGAAGAGUCACACAGGAGAAAAGCCAUAUAAAUGCUCUGAAUGUAGCAAGUGUUUUACUGAGAAGCAGCAUUUUGUUAAACAUUGGAGGAUUCACACAGAAGAGAUGCUAUUUAAAUGUUCAGAAUGUAGCAAGUGCUUUACUAACAAGCAUGAACUUGUUAAUCACAGGAGGAUUCAAACAGGAGAGAAACCAUUUACAUGUUCUGAAUGUAGUAACUGUUUUACCAAAAAGACAUGUCUUGUUAUACAUCAGAGGAUUCACACAGGAGAGAAACCAUUUCCAUGCUCUGAAUGUAGCAAGUGUUUUACCCAAAAGUCACAUCUUGUUAUACAUCAGAGGACUCACACAGGUGAGAAACAAUUUCAGUGCCCUGAAUGUAGUAAGUGUUUUACUCACAAGCAAGACCUUUUUAGUCAUCAGAAAACUCACACAGGAGAGAAACCAUUUAAAUGCUCUGAAUGCAACCAAUGUUUUGCCUAUAAGAAAAUUCUUGUUAGACAUCUGAGGAGUCACAUAGGAGAGAAAACACAAAUUUUCUGA